UUCAGCAGCUCCUGUUGUGUCCAGUCCAAACUCUUUGGAAUAAACUGUUUUUUGGACCAGAAAAUGUUUGUCACGAUUCUGUUCGGAGACGGCAGGAUGGAAAUGUACAAUCUCAACUGUCGGCUGAUUAACUUCAUCCACCACUUAAAGGAGAGGUGCAGCCUGGACUUUAAAGAGUGUGUGGAGCUGAUGGACAGCAGUGGAGCAGUUAUGAACUUAGAGGAGAAGCAGCACAGUGACACUCGGGCCAGCAGCGUGCUCACACAGAGACAACACUACGUGCUGCUGCGGGUCUGCCGUAAGUCUCGUGGCUUCUCUCCAGGAGACGAUGACACUGGGAUUCGGAAAUAUGUGUCUCUCUUAAACAACUGCAGUCAGAGUCACCUGGAGUUAACAGAUCUGCUGAGGAAACUGUCAAACCUCAACAAGGAGGGGGACAAACGGGUCAGAGGAGGACGGACACACGGGAGCAAACCUGGCAACCGAACCAGGAGCAAGACCAUCUCUGCAAAUAACAAGAAGAAAUCAAAUGAAUGAAAUAAGCUGUGUAUCAGUCACUACACACUCAAGACACAAAGGUGCACUGAACACACUGAACCAGGUACAAACUAACAGAAACAUGAAUGAGUGACCCUGGUGUGUGUUUGAAUAGUUUUUACAUAAUAACACUGACCUCAGGUGGUUCCUUGGACUUUGUACCAACCACCAGUUCCACCUCUUGUUCUUAGGGGACCAAAACAAUUUUCGCCUCUUCUGUUUAAUCUUUAUGCGUCAAUGGAAAACUACUGCGAACAAGAGAACAAUUUCAUAUGUGCGACUGUAGGACGGUGGUGUUGUUCUGAUAUUGGGAGUCACCUCCCCCUGCUAAUUUGGACUCAAAGUCAUACAUAAACAGUAAAGGUUCUGUGUUUAUAUUGUGCUGCUUUACACUACAGUUUUGCCAUUCACCCAUUCAUACUUGUUCUAUCACACAUUCAUUCACACACUGUCAGUACAACAGUCAGGAGCAACCAAGGGUUAAGUGUCUCUUGCCCAGGCUCACAUUGGCCUUAAAUUAAUGGAGCCUCAACCUUUUAGUUGAAAGACAACUCACUCUA